GCGCCGGGGUGGUGGGUUACGCCUGGAGAGCGCAUGGGCAGACAAACUGUACGUCCGUUUGUCCGGAGCGGAGGGGAGAGUGGGCGCCAUCUUCUUCUAGGCUCACUGAGGGCUUCACCUGUGCCGGGCAGGCUGCUGCGACGAGGAGUGCCCCCCGCCCCCGGUCUUGUGUGUCCGACUCGGCAGCAGUGGUGUGUGUUUACUGCCAAGUGCGAAGCAGUUACCCUUGGGGCGUCGGGGGUGGGGAGGGGUUGGCGACGGGGACGGAAGAACGGGGAAAGGCGGGGCCGGCGGCCGCGCCAGGAGCUAGCGUAGCUUCUGCCGUUAGGGCACCCUCCUUCCUUGCUAAACACCGACUCUCCCGUCAGCCUCCAUGUGGUGUUGUGUGUGCGCUUCCCAGUUUUCCUGAGAGUGAAGAUCUCGAAGGAUUUCAUAGGUAUUUUUUUUCUUUGCUAUGUCAUCGUAGUCAGUGGUGGCAGAAAAGCGCUGAAGGCCCGGCUCGUUAGGCGUGAGAGUGGCCAAAGUGUUUGAGUUAGGUAUGGGGCAGUUCACCCUGUGGCGAGUUAGGGUGGAAUGUUUGCCCUUGGGACGGCGUAACGGAAAGGCACGGAGGUUGGGCGGUCCAGGUUAAUUUGAAGGCUGAUUUUGGCUGAAGGUCUGGCGACAGCAUCGGAUCCCACGUAGCAACUUUGGCCUGGCGCAAAAGAAGGAAGCUCUAACCCUUGGGAGUCUGGACAAAGGCUUUGGGCUAUAGAAGCGAUUCCUUCGGAUGAUCCCCAUUUGAGGAUGAUGGAUGUUAUGGGAAAUCCUGUGCCCUGUGGAUUCGUCUUCAUUUACAGUUCCUAUUAACGACUAUGGCUCUGUCGUCAUGCCUUUGGUUUUUAUUUUAACCAUCUACAUUAUAAAAGGAUAAAAGGCAGAUCUUCAUAAAGAAUAAUUGUGGACCGGGCUAGAUUAUUUUCUGCAAGGGAAACUCAUGCAUUUAGAAUUUCAUCAUAACUUUGGGUUUUAAGGAAUAGUCAUUUCCCCCCACCGUAUCUGGAGAAUGACUUGUUACUCUCUAGUUAAAAUCAGAUGGAUCUGAGAUAAUACCUAUUUAAAUUUAGUCUCGUUUCCCUAUCAGGCUUGAUUAGAAGAUGCACAUUUCGUAUUGUUUAGUAAUGGUGAUCAAGUGUGAUGAAUCCUGGAUAAAAUCAAAAUUACUUAAAAUGAACUUCUUAAUUUCAAGCUUUUCAGGACUCACUUCAUCUUUUCAUAGGUUAGAAGUUCUAACAUCACUGUCUUUAAAUCAACACAGUCGCAAAAAUACUUCUGUUACAUUCAUAAGUAGAAACAAUUCUAAGUGCAGUGUACUUUAGGGUAUUUUGUGUGUUUCUAUUUUUGUGUUAUGUUCUAAGAGUAGAAUUUCUGGUGAAUUUGCUUAAGGAAAUGACCUAUGGGAACCAUAGGAAAAGUGCUCAUUUUGAGAACUGGUCUCUUACAGAUGGCCUCCUAGGUGUGUCAUUGUUGAGGGAUAAAAUGGUACAGUUACCCUACCAGCUAAAAGGGAAAAAAGUUAAUUGUUAGUUAUAUGUGGCAAAUUAGACAAAAUAUUUUAUCUUGUCUGCUUGGAUUGGAAUUCAUGAGAUUUGUACUCCUGGAACUAUUUAGUUCAAAUAUUGUUUUUAAGCUGAGGAUAAACUAGAAAUUUUUUGAAUUUGACAUGUUAUUCCUUGAAACGUCCCUACGUAGCUUGUAGAUAUAUUUGUGUUCUCAGGGCAUAUCCCUUUUUAAGUUUUUUAAAAAGUUGAGGAUAGACAAAAUGGCAUGUAUCUUACUUACUCUGGAGCUAAGUUAAUUUGUAUAGGAAGGAAUCUUGGAACUUUAAUGUGGACAACUAGUACAGAAGCCAUUUAUAUAGUUUUUUAAACGUUGGUGUGGAUAUUGGUUUGUUGAAGGAACCAGGUUUGUACUCAUUUUUAUUUUUGGUACUGUGGAUUUUUCAUAAACGAUUUUUUUAGGGCAGUUUUUUUAGGUUUACAGCAAUAUUGAGCAGAAGAUGCAGAGAUUUCCUAUAUACCCCCUGCCCGCGCCCAUGUACUUUGUAAAUAUUUUAAUAGUAUUAAUAGUCAAUAUUUUAAGUAUCAAUUUGGCAUUGAUAAUUCAGAUGUAGAAUAUGGCCAGUAAUUUCUUGAUACCUUGUUAGUUGAGCUUGUAGUUUAAAAAGUAAUCAGUGGACCCUUUCCAAAGGAAAAUAAGCCUUGCAGACCUCAAAGAAUAUGUCUUCCAACCACACUUUGUGGAAGAGUGGUACUUAAGUAUGUCUGCUUGGAAUUUGUACUUCGUUUUUGCUGAAGGAUGAUUAAUUUCCCCUUGGAACAAAGAAGACCAUUUUGUAAUGUCCAUAGUUGUGGUUCCAUAUAUUGCUUCACUUUUAAUAGUUAAGUUGCUUUUACAGAAUUAACAGGUCUCCAAGAAAUUUUAAAAAGGUCAUUAUUGCUGUGGUUUGAGCUCAGCAUGGCUGUAGUCAUCCGUUUACUGGGGCUUCCUUUUAUUGCGGGGCCUGUGGAUAUUCGUCACUUCUUCACGGGAUUGACUAUUCCUGAUGGAGGAGUGCAUAUAAUUGGAGGGGAAGUUGGGGAGGCUUUUAUUAUUUUUGCAACAGAUGAAGAUGCAAGACGUGCCAUAAGUCGUUCAGGAGGGUUUAUCAAGGAUUCAUCUGUAGAGCUCUUUCUUAGUAGUAAGGCAGAAAUGCAGAAGACUAUAGAAAUGAAAAGAACUGAUCGCAUAGGAAGAGAGCGACCGGGAUCUGGGGCAUCAGGGGCUGGCAGCUUAUCUAACUUUGUUGAGGCUAUUAAAGAAGAAGCAAGUAAUUCCGGAUAUGGCUCUCCAAUUAAUCAAGAUGCUGGGUUUCAUGCUAAUGGUACAGGACAUGGUGAUUUAAGGCCAAGAAAGACAAGGCCAUUGAAGGCAGAGAAUCCUUACUUGUUUCUGCGAGGUUUGCCUUACUUAGUAAAUGAAGAUGAUGUACGUGUCUUUUUUUCUGGUUUGUGUGUGGAUGGCGUAAUUUUCUUAAAACAUCACGAUGGCCGAAAUAAUGGUGAUGCCAUAGUAAAAUUUGCUUCAUGUAUUGAUGCUUCAGGAGGUCUUAAAUGUCAUAGAAGUUUUAUGGGUUCAAGAUUUAUAGAAGUAAUGCAAGGCUCAGAACAACAGUGGAUUGAGUUUGGUGGUAAUGCAAUUAAGGAGGUUGACAUUCCUAUGAGAAUUGAAGAACAUUCUCCACCAAGAGGAAUUAAUGAUAGACAUUUUCGAAAACGAUCUCAUUCAAAAUCUCCCAGAAGAACACGUUCUCGUUCUCCUCUCGGGUUUUAUGUUCACUUAAAAAAUCUGUCCCUAAGUAUUAACAAAAGAGAUUUAAGAAAUUUCUUUAGAGAUACUGAUCUGACUAAUGAACAGAUUAGGUUUUUAUAUAAAGAUGAAAGAAGAACAAGAUACGCCUUUGUAAUGUUCAAAACUCUGAAAGACUAUAACACUGCUCUGGGUUUACAUAAGACUGUUUUACAGUAUCGUCCUGUUCAUAUUGAUCCUGUUUCUAGAAAACAAAUGCUGAAGUUCAUUGAAUGUUAUGAAAAGAAAAGACCAGUGUCCAUAGAAAAAGAGAGGCUUGGACAUAUUUCACAAAAAUACUCUCAAGAAGGCUACCCUGGCCAGAAACUGUGUAUAUAUAUAAGAAAUUUUCCUUUUGAUGUUACAAAAGUUGAAGUACAAAAGUUCUUUGCAGACUUUUCUCUUGCAGAGGAUGACAUUUACUUACUUUAUGAUGACAAAGGAGUUGGUCUGGGAGAAGCAUUGGUGAAAUUCAAAUCAGAAGAACAAGCCAUGAAAGCCGAACGUUUAAACCGACGGAGAUUCUUGGGGACAGAGGUAUUGUUAAGACUUAUAUCUGAGGCACAAAUGCAGGAGUUUGAUGUAAAUUUUUCCUUGAUGUCCAGUGAGAGAGUGCAAGACCAUUCACAGUCACGUGAUAGAGAUGACCAUUCCCAUUCUUUUGACUCCAGCGAUCCACCAAUAUACUCAAUUGGUCCUUCUGAAAACUUCAGGCAUCAGCAGGAGGACUUGAGGCAACUGGACAAUUUCAAGCAAACCCAGGGGGAUUUCCGACAGCUUGAUAGGAGCCUUCCAGAAGAUUUUAGGCGCUCCCCAGAGGACUUCAGGCGCUCCCCAGAAGACUUCAGGCGCCCUCGGGAGGAACACUUCAGGCGGCCUCUUGAGGAUUUCAGGCGGCCUCUUGAGGAGGAUUUCAGGCGUCCUUGGGAGGAGGACUUCAGAUACCCUCGGGAGGAGGACUUCAGGUACCCCAGAGAGGAGGAGUGGAGGCGGGCACCGGAGGAGGAUUUCAGGCGGCCUUCCAAGGAGGAUUUCAGGCGACCCCUCGAGGAGGACUGGAGGCGGCUCCCGGAGGAGGAUUGGAGGAGGCCCCCGGAGGGAGACUUCAGGCGGCCUCUUGAGGAGGAUUGGAGGCGGCCUCCUGAGGAUGACUUUAGACGGCUUCCCCAAGGGGAGUGGAGACGACCACCUGAGGAGGACUUCAGGCGACUUCCCGAGGAGGACUUCAGGCGACCUCCGGAGGAGGAUUUCAGGCGUUCUCCCGAGGAGGAUUUCAGGCGUUCUCCCGAAGAAGAUUUCAGGCGGCCGCCCCAGGAACACUUCAGGCGGCCGGCCCCGGAGCAUCUCAGGCGUCCGGCCCCGGAGCACUUCAGGCGGCCGCCCCCGGAGCAUUUCAGGCGACCGCCUCAGGAGCACUUCCGUCGGCCACCCCAGGAGCACUUCCGCCGGCCGCCUCAGGAGCAUUUCCGGCGGCCACCCCAGGAACAUUUAAGGCGCCCCCGAGAGGAGGAUUUCAGGCACCCACCGGAUGAAGAUUUCAGAGGCCCUCCCGAUGAAGACUUGAGGCAUCCUCCUGAUGAGGACUUCAGGAGCCCCCAGGAGGAAGAUUUUAGAUGCCCUUCUGAUGAGGACUUCAGGCGGCUCCCGGAGGAAGACCUCAGGAAACCUCCAGAGGAGGACCCUAGACUUCCUGACAGUUUUAGACCUCCUGGUGAGGAGUUUAGGAGUCCACCCGAUGACUUUAGAAGUCAUCGUCCUUUUGUGAAUUUUGGUCGCCCAGAAGGUGGCAAGUUUGAUUUUGGAAAGCGCAGUAUGGGAAGUUUUCCUGAGGGGAGAUUUAUGCCUGACCCAAAAUUAAAUUGUAGUUCAGGUAGACUAACACCUAUUAAGAUAAUGAAUCUUCCAUUUAAAGCUAAUGUUAACGAAAUUCUAGACUUUUUCCAUGGUUAUAGAAUCAUACCUGAUUCAGUUUCAAUACAGUAUAAUGAGCAAGGGUUACCUACAGGGGAAGCCGUUGUUGCUAUGAUAAACUAUAAUGAAGCUAUGGCUGCUAUUAAAGACCUAAGUGAUAGGCCGGUUGGCCCACGCAAAGUUAAAUUAAUGUUGCUCUAGAGAGCAUUCCUAAAUUCAGAAUUACCUCCCCACAGUGUUGAUGCAGUAAAAUGCAUUUGUUUUUUUUUAAGUGUUUAUUUUUAAUUAUCUAAUGAAAAGAAACAUUUUGACUUGUGAAUAGAACAAAUGUAAAUAUUAGAAUGUGAAUCUGGUUUUCUUUUGCUUGCAAAUUUCCAUUCACUUUUUCUAAUUUAAAAUUAUAUAUGCCCCCUUUUUUGGACAGUUGGGGAGAAAAUUCCCUGAGUGCAUUAGUUUUUGUUGAUGUCAUGGGUAAACCUCAAGAUUUGUAUAAAGUAGACCUGUAUUUGGGGAAGAUAAGUUUUAUAUUCACUUUUGUUUCUGGUCUGUAGUCUACAUCUUUUACACUGUAUAAGGAAAUGGUCAGUGACUAUUGUUCAGGUUUAGCAUUUGCAUUGCUAACUGCCUACAGAAUUAAUGCCCUCUUCUUUGUCUGAGAUAUUACUGUGUUAAGCCUCCCAUUAAUUAUAAAUAGUUCAAAAUGGACAGACUGUGAACUUGAAGUUUACUUGUGUAAAAAGCUUAGGAGAUUCUUGAAGUUUCCAUGUUCAUAACUUUGCAAAGUUUUAUAAAAAUAAAAAAAUUUGCAACUGAA